GAGACAAAUAAAGACAAUGUGAAUGAAGUUAGGCAGGUCAAAGACCAAGCUGACAAGGAAACGUCAAGUGCCUCAUUCGAUGUGAAAGAACAAGCACUUCGAAUGUUGCUGUUAGCUCUGGCAUUUGCAACUAGAAUGAGAUAUCUUGAUGUUCCUAAACAUGUUGUGUGAGUAAUCAGUUUGUUUCAUAGAUUCCUCAAGUUUUGGGAGCACAGGAUGCCAUUAUUGAGAAUAUGUUUCAUAUUAUAACUGGGCUUCAAUGAGAAGAAAUCUACAGUAUGAAAGAUGCAUUGAUGAUAAAAUUUAGUUUCCAUCUUGUUUCUAGAUUUGACGAAGUCCACUUUGGUCGUUUUACCACUUUCUUUUUAAAUGGCACAUUUUUUUUCGAUGUUCAUCCUCCAUUUGCAAAACUUGUCUAUGCGUGCACAGGUAUAUUGAAAGCAGUACAAAUAAAGUUUUCAGAGGUGUACUGUAACUUAUUGUUUUAUCUAGCUUGCCCGAUUGGCCAAGUUGCCUUGCCACGAAAAAGCUGGGCAUUAAUGUUUUUAUAGUGCAUGCACUUGAUUUCAAAUUUUGUUUUUUUGUGGUCCAAAGCUAGAUCUUUGGCUGCCGCAGUAGAAACAUAGCCAUAUAGAGUAGUGGGAGAGUGGGUCGACAUAUAUGUAGUCCCCUUAAUUUAUACCCCUACCAGGGUACCCCAGUGGCCAUUGUUUGAUGGCAAGUGAAUUUUAUUCAGGGCAACUAAUGUUCAUGUCCAACUGAGGGAAAGUGGUCAAAAAAGUUAAGUUGCACCGCUGGUUUUAUUAGACAGUUACCUUAAAUUGCAACUAUACCUGAAAAAUAGAAAUCUAGGGCGAAGCACCCUUGUCCGGCUUUCGAAGGGCCUUCACUAGAUUUCAGGAAUCAGGACCCCUUUAAAUGUUCAUCCUCCUUUGUUCAUUGUAUUACUGUAUGCAUGGGUAGCGUGGGUGUCCAUGCAAAUACGUUUUCAAAUUUAUUCGACGUAGCGCAGAGUAAAAUUGCUUGGGCCCCUCCUAGGGGAUAUCCUGGCUACAUUCCUUGGACAGUGUUGACAUUCAGUGGGUUGCUUGUAUCAAUUUCAGGAUAUUUAACUGGACUAGACAGCUCUUUUAUGUUCACUGAUAUUGGCCAAGGUAAGAAGAACAUUGAAUCUUAUGAAGGGUAGGAAAAAAUAAUUUUCUUCCUGGGAGCAAAACCUGGAGACAAAAAUUUCCUGCAGACCAAUGGGGUAUUUUUGUCCUUAAAUCAUGUGCAUAAAAAUAUAGUGUUCUGGCUUACAAUGGUUUUAAAUUCAAGGAAUGUCUGUCAACCAUACGUUAUUGCGCCCAUAGUGGGACAUGGGUGUUAAGGUUUCCUUCAAAUUUUCAAUAGCAAAUCUUCAUUCAAACAAAUUUCCUGCAGCUGUUUAACAUUUUCUGCGAGCAGUGCUCACAUGCUGGCCUAUUUUUUCGAAUCCUGUCUUACAGUCAUCAUUUGUAACAUACACUAUACGUUUGCCUGGUAGUACUAAUAAAGGCUGUGUUGGAAUUUGUCCACAUUUUUAGUCCCCACCCGUUAUAUUAUGCAGUAAAUUGUACCGAGGAUAAUUUUCACCUUGUGAAAUAAACACCAUUAUAGAUGUUUGUGGUGUUACUCUGAGUGUGCAUCCACACCGGGCAAGCUGAAAAGUUUGCCUGAUCACGGUGGGAAUCAAACGGUUCCGCGACCUUUGGGAUACUAGACCAUUCUGCUCUACUAACUGAGCUAUACAAGAGGUCAAAUCGGUUCGAGUGGUGAUAGUACCAUGAUUAUAGAUUUUAAUUAUUCUGUAAUUCUUAGAUCUUGAUGAAAUUUUAUCACAUGUCUGGUAUCUUCGUUUUGUCCCUGCAAUAUUCUCGAGUCUGGUCAUUCUUUGUAUAUAUGAG